AUGUCAUUAAUGUUACUCAUUUAUCUCCACACCUUAGGUUUCGGGAUGACCACACCAGCAACCGUGGCUGGAAAAGUAUUCCUCAUCGUUUAUGGCCUUUUUGGGUGUGCUGGGACUAUCCUUUUCUUCAACCUCUUCUUGGAGCGCAUUAUCUCUCUCCUGGCGUUUAUCAUGAAGGCGUGCCAUGAGAGACAGCUGCGAAGAAGUGGUCUCCUACCUCCCAAUUUCCGAAGGGGGCCAGCUAUGCCAGGGGUGGGCAGCCUUGUGGGGUGGAAGCCGUCCGUUUACCACGUGAUGCUGAUUCUGGGAAUUUUUGCUAUUACCCUUUCCUGCUGUGCCUCCGCUAUGUACACAGCGGUGGAAGGAUGGAACUACGUUGACUCCUUGUACUAUUGCUUUGUCACCUUCAGCACCAUCGGCUUUGGAGAUUUGGUAAGCAGCCAAAACGCUGCAUACCAAAAUCAGGGAUUAUACAGAUUUGGAAACUUCAUAUUUAUAUUAAUGGGGGUAUGUUGCAUAUACUCUCUUUUUAAUGUCAUCUCAAUCGUAAUCAAGCAAGUUUUGAACUGGGUGUUGAAAAAAUUCGAAUGCAGAUGUUGCCCAAAGUGCCAUAAAUCAAGUGCCCGCCUCGGACGGCGCAAUGCCAUCACCCCAGGAGCCCGCCUGCGUCGACAUAACAUCUCAAUGGACACUGAUGGACAGUACGACAGUGACACCGAGGGGAGGAGGCUCUCUGGCGAGAUGAUCUCCAUGAGGGAGCUGACGGCAUCGAAUAAAGUCUCCCUGGCCAUUUUGCAAAAGCAGUUGUCCGAGACGGCCAACGGCUACCCAAGAAACGUUUGUGUCAAUACGAGACAAAAUGGUUUCUCCGCAGGGGUGGGUGCUCUAGCCAUCAUGAACAACCGCUUGGCAGAAACAAGUGAUUCUAGGUAG